AUGUUUCUUCGUCAGUGGAUUACAGCUGCAAGCCUGCUAGGUGCCUCGUUCGCCUUAUCGGAGGGAGACGACGUUGCCAAGAGGACUACUGCGAAAGAAAUUAUCUCCGACUUCGAAAAUGCAGUGACCUGCGGCAGUUGUGAGGCUCUACUUGGUAUCUUGCAGGGUUUGGCCCACCUGGGCAAUGAUGCAUUUGUGGACGUGAUCACCGAUGUUUGUGUCUUGGCUAGGGUCGAGGACAAGGAUGUCUGCGAGGGAGCGAUCUCUCUUGAAGGGCCGAUUUUGGCACACGAUCUCCGCAACAUGGACAUCCCAUCCACAACUGCAGUUCUUUUCUGCUCGACCGUUUUUGGUCUUUGUGAUUAUCCAGACGUGACCGAGUAUACGGUAGACUUCCCUUCUGCUAAGCCAUCCAAUGUGUCUCGGCCAUCUUCCAGCGGUCAGAAUCCUCUUCAAAUCGUUCACAUCAGUGACAUCCAUGUCGAUCUUUCUUAUGAAGUUGGUGCAAACUAUAAUUGCACAAAGAAUAUCUGUUGUCGGCCAUACACCGAUGCCGAUGCCCCAGGAAAUACAAGCUACCCUGCUGGUGAAUAUGGAAACUCAAACUGCGAUUCACCCCUGAGCUUAGAGGAAAGCAUGUACAAAGCCAUUGAGCAAUUCGUUCCUGAUGCAUCCUUCACCAUUUUUACCGGUGACGUGGUCGAAGGUGCCGUCUGGCUUGUCAAUGAAACCGAAGUGACAAAUGACCUGAACGAUGCCUACAACAAACGAAUGCCAUCCUAUCUCAAUAAGGUGUACUGUGUUGUUGGCAACCACGACGCGGCGCCUGUCAACUCUUUCCCGACUGCCGCUAUUGAUACCACUUUAUCCAGCCAGUGGGUCUACGAUACUAUUUCCUCUGCCUGGAGUAAGUGGAUUGGAUUAACGGCAGCGACAUCGGCAGACAACUAUGGUGCAUAUUCGGUGAAACACCCUGGUAGCAAUCUACGAAUCAUCUCCUUCAACACCAAUUUUUAUUACAGAGAGAACUUUUGGCUAUACGAAAAGACCAUGGAAACGGACCCCAAUGGCCAAUUGAGAUGGUUGGUCACGGAGCUUAGUGCAGCGGAGGUGGCUGGUGAACGAGUUUGGCUUCUAGGACACAUGCCGAUGGGCUCUGGAGAUACCCUUCAUGAUGGAUCGAACUACUUCAACCAAAUAAUUCAGCGUUACGACACGACUAUUGCUGGGACCUUUUACGGCCACACCCACAAGGAUGAAUUUGAGCUAUCCUACUCUAAUUAUACCGCUAAAUCGGCCGAAACCGCAAACAUGAUGUCUUAUAUUGCCCCAGCCUUGACCCCAACUUCUGGCAAUCCCACCUUCCGCGUUUAUUCGGUCGACCCGGUAACCUUUGGCGUGCUGGAUUUCACCGUUUAUAUCACAAAUAUGUCAAAUCCGGGGUACCAGAAGAAUCCAGUCUGGGAGAAAUAUUACUCUGCAAAGGAAACAUACGGCUCGCUUCUUGAGCCAGCCGUGACCGACGAUGCCGCAGAACUCACCCCUGCAUUCUGGCACAAUGUUACUACACUCUUUGAAAACGAGGAUUCGGUGUUUCAGGACUACAUUGCGCGCAAGACUCGAGGGUGGGAAGUUGAGUCAUGUUCGGGCGACUGCAAAACCGAGGAAAUCUGCCAAUUGAGGGCCGGCGAGUCGCAAUACAAUUGCGUCACUGUUUCACCUGGUAUCAACUUCAAAAAGCGAGAUAUUGGCAAUACUGCCAAACAUCAAGAACAUGCCUGCGGCCAGUCGACCAUGACGGGUAUUUUUGCCGACAUUGAGAAAGGCGUGUCGGCGCUCAAGUCAUCCAUGAAGAAGAGGAAGCUGGGGCAGGGCCUUUUGGAUAGCUCGCUUAACUCAAUUGCUGCAUAG